AUGGAGGCUCUUGCUACUUCCACUGCCGUCGGCGCUUCCUUGCAGCGGCUGGUCGCAAGACAGUCCAGCGUGUCUCUGCGACCCAAUGCGACUGCGGCCAAACGUUUAGCCUGCACUUGCGCUGCUGCAGGCGACGGCGAUGCGGGUCAGUCGUCGGAGCCCAAGUGGAAGCAGAAGCUCGCAGCGGCCGAGGCUCAUGCGGAGCAAACCCGACAGGCCACCGCCAGGGCGCAGGAGGAGUAUCGGCGCAGGCAGAUGGCGCAGCGGAAGAGCGAGGCAACGGGAAAAGCAGCAGCCGGAGCGGCAGCAGGAGCGCACCCGCGAAUGGCGGAUCUAGACUGGGUGCCGUAUCUUACAGAGGAGGGGCUUAUAACGGAUUGCACGCAAGCGGGAGCCAAGGCGUCUGUGUAUGGCAUCUACAAUGACGACAAAGUGCUACAGUACAUUGGCGUGUCUCGCCAGGUAUACCAGAGCAUGCGGCUGCACUUCGCACGUGUACCGAGUGCAUGUGCGUGGAUCAAGGUGACUCACAUCUCGCGCCCCUCCAAGGCGGUGCUAGAGGCCAUCAAGGACCAGUGGAUCGCAGAGAACGGGGCUGCCCCCCCUGGGAACGAUGAGGGGCCGGAGCAGAACCGGUGGGAAAACCCUCUUGACUGCAAGCCUCUCAUGACUGAGGAAGAGAAAAAGUCAGUGGAUUAUGCUGCUCCCGGGCCUCCCAAGGCGAAGGCACUGAAGGAGGUGGCGAGACGAGUGGAGAGGGAGCUAGAGGCGGCGUUCAAGGCGCGGAAUUGCAAGGAGGUGCUGCGGUUUGACCCCAAGCUCAAGGAGGAUGGGUUGUUGGACCUCAAAAGCACGGCUGCUCGGGCUCCUGAUACUGCUGUUCCGACUUCCACUCCCGAGGCCGCCAAGGCUUGA